UAUAUGAUAGAAUAAAGUUAAUACCCGAAUGAGUCAUAUUGUUGGAAUUUGUUAUUGUAAAUAUGGCACUGCUUAGAACUACUCUGUCCUAGAUUACUUAACGACACAAUGAUUUAAAAAGACCAGAAAUUGGGUGUUUGGUGAGGUUUAGACUUCAUUAAGGAAGAUAAUGGCGUUAGUGACCGUUCAGAGGUCCCCCAGUGUGAGCAGUUCACCGCCAUCCUCGGAAUAUGGGAGUUCAGUUCAUUCCUUAGAAGAAGAGGAGCAGAAGAACAGAAGUUUGAGUGAAUAUUACUUUGCUGUUAAAGGGUUCGGAGUACUACUACCUAAAAAUGAAUGUCAACUUGGACGAGGCCGCCGGACAGGCACGGUCCCGCCAGACAUACAGGGCCACCUCCAGGCCAUGCUCCACCUCCUCUGUCCGGGUGACACACUACACAUGGCUGUCCGGCUCGAGUCGCAGCACCUUGGCCGCGUACGGUAUCUGGCGGUGGUGGGAAGGGUCGGCCGACAGGAUAAAGAAGAAGACUGCUUGCUGGGUAUAGACUUCAGCGGAGAGAAGCCCUCCAUCGGUCUCGUGUCGCCGGUUCUCGCAGACACCAGGAUCAGCCUCGACGGCGAUGGUGGCUUCAGCGUGUGCACUAGUGGACGGAAACACAUCUUCAAGCCCAUCUCCGUGCAGGCUAUGUGGUGA